CAUCGCAGUCGCAGACACCCACUUCACCCCCACCACCGCCACCGAUACUUUCAAUCGUGUACAAACCAUCUGGCGAGUCGUCCGCAGCUGCUCGGUCCAACAUGGCGAAGUGUAGUGAACUGAAGCUCUUCCUGGAGUCCUCUCUGAAUGAGAUAUUUAAGGCCACAGUGAGCGACAUCCUGGACUCGGUGGACCGGACCCUGUCCGAGUACCAGGGCACAAUCCAGAGGAUCGAGUCCGAAAACGAGGGCCUAAAGCAGCUGCUGUUUGCACAGAAGAGCCCCGAGUCUGCUGCAGGAGAUAUUUGUGAACAAGAUGGCACAGAAAAUCGUUCGACUUCAGAAUUGAACAGCUGUCCCAUCAUCUCCACUCAGGGCAGAUUCACGAUGUCCAUAUGCAGCAGUGACAAGAAGAGCUUCAGGAGAAGGCAAAAAGACAAGAUGAGGGAACGGGUAUCCUCCUCAUCUUUACUGCAGACUGAUCAAACGGUAGAACGGCCAUGUGCGGACACAGGAAUGUUAUGCGUGUCCACCCAAGUCUUGAUAUCUGUAAAAGCAGAGCCAGAGCUGGAUGGAAGCGGUGCCAUUGACCUCUCCCAGCCUGUAUCCCUUCCCAAUCUGACAAUGAGGCCAGUAAAAAAUGAGAGCACUGAGGUCAGUGUUCUCAGUCAUGGUGCAUAUGAACCUCUGCCGCCAUCUACAGGCGUCAAAGAAGAACCCAGAGGCAGCGACGAUGAAAUUCAAGUCACCGUUGUUUCUGACACUUGCAUACCGGAUAGACAGUUCGUUAAGACGGAGGAAGAGGAGCAGGAUGGGGUGUCGCAGUACGGUAACAAUGACUCUCAGCAAGAGUCAAAGCAUGCGUUGAGAUGUUGCCCUGAAUCGGAAGCGGACCCCGAGGCAGCAAGCAUCCAGGUCGUGGUGCCAGAAGUAGUGGUGCGUGAGGGAAAUGCUGCUGUUCCCGCAGAUCCGUCUUUGGGGAUUCGUGACAACUUCUUGCGCUGCCCCACCUGUCCCAAAACAUUUAGUCGGGCGGCCUCGCUCAACGUCCACAUCAAGACGCACAGCGGGGAAAAGGCCCACGGCUGCAGCCACUGCGGCAAGCGCUUCGGCCGGGCCGAUCUCCUCAAGUCCCACAAGCGCACCCACACAGGAGAGCGACCCUACGUUUGCAACCUCUGCGCUAAAACGUACGCCCAUCCCAGCCAGCUCAGGAUACACAAACGCGUCCACACCGGAGAGAAGCCGUACUGCUGCUCGCACUGCGGGAAGCGCUUCAAUGAGCACAACCAGCUCAAAGUUCACCUGCGGACGCACACGGGGGAGAGGCCGUACAGCUGCCAGGAGUGUAGCAAGACCUUCAGCAACGCGAGCAACCUGCGAAUACACGAGAGGAUCCACACCGGGGAGAAGCCCUACUGCUGCGCUCAGUGCGGGAAGAGGUUCAACGGCUUGGGUGACCUCAAAACACACUACCGGAUCCACACGGGAGAGAGGCCCUACAGCUGCGAGCUCUGCCAGAAGACCUUCAGCCAGACGGGCCACCUCACCAUCCACAUGCGGAUGCACACGGGAGAGAGGCCGUACAGCUGCGCCGAGUGCGGCAAGAAGUUCACGGUGGCCAGCAGCCUCAAGCUGCACCAGAGGACUCACACGGGGGAGAAGGAGUACAGCUGCUCGUACUGCAGCAAGAGCUUCAGCAGGUCGGGUCACCUGAAGAGACACGAGCUGGUCCACACCAAAGAGAGGUUCUACCUCUGCAGCCAGUGUGGGAAGCCCUACACCGACCAGUCCUCCCUGAAGAAGCACCUGAAGACACACGCGGCCAAGAAGGCUCACAGCGACGGGAGCACCAGCGAGGCCGAAACGAGCCGCCCGUCGGCCUCGGAGACUCUUUCGGACACCGAUGGAAGUUAGAGCCGAGUUCUAAGGAGAUGAGCGAUUCACAAGCUCAGUGAGUGCGUUGUGUGAUUUUACAAAAUCAUCUUAAUUCAAGGUCGAUUUCCUCGCCUUUUCAGAUGCGCGUCUCACAGCCGACAUCAGCGCGGUAUUGUCAACUGUCGUGUAUUUUGGUGUCUAAUAAGCAUUCAAGCGCUUUGAUCUGUUACUCAAACGUUCUUUAAUGCAGAGCGGCUGUUGGGUGCAGGGCUUGAACCGUCCAGGAAAAGCUGUUCAGAUUAUUCUAUUGUGCUGCUGUUGCAGAGGAAUAUUGUGCUGUCAAGCUCAAACCUGUGUGUUUGUGGUCCCGGGCGAUACACUGUUGUCUUAUCUUUGCUGUGAUAUAGGAGAUCCAAAUACUGAGCCAUCAGGUAGUCUCAACACUGUGUCCAGAGACAGAAGACAGGAACUAAAAGAACCGUCAUGUCACCAACAUGUUGGUAAUAUACGUCAUUCAGAGCGAUGACGAUGAGUCAUUGAACCGCACUGCUGACACGAGACACUGAAUCCCAGGUCCAGGUUUUUAUUGUGGUCCUGACCUUUGAAAAACCCUGUUGAGAAAAUGAAAUUUGUCAACAGUCCUGCCUCUUUGUAAAAAUACAAUUACAAUAUAAUUGUUUUAGAACUAAAAUGUUAUGCUGCUUCUACACCAAUGUAUACAUGUUGUAGUAGCCAGAGGGUUAGAAACGGUUUCUAAAGGACGAUUAGAAAUUAUUAAUAAAUUGUUGUAUAUAGCUUUAACUAUUAUAGUCAGCAGUCUGAGCCGCUGAGCUGACAUGAAUGUAUUUAUAUAAUAGUUUUACUGAAGUUAAUGUUACUUCAAAUGUUCUGUUUUGAUUGAGCAGCUUUCGAUAUUAAAUUCAUAAUUGUUUUGUAAGCCAUGUUGAUAUCAAAGAACGUCUGAGGAUUUGUUUUAGGUUGUCCACCGUCCAGGAAACGCAUCUCUAAUGGAGAAUUAUCUGCAACCGACACACAGAAGUAUAAUGUUAUUUUUAUGAUGAGGCAACUGUUUGUUGUGCAACUCGUUGAUAUACCUGCACAGCAAUGUAAAUUGAAUGUAUACUAUCUGUAACUAAAUUAAAGAGAAAAGUUAACCAACUGA